UGAUAGGGGACAAUCAGUCAUGAUCACAAUGAAUGGCGGUGCUGGCUCGAAGAGCCGAAUGGCCUCCUCCUGCACCUAUUUUCCAUGUUUCUAUGUUUUCUAUGUCCACGGGUGGUGAACUAUAUUGACUUUUCUUCGAAUAAAAUUGUAAUCAACAUGACCAAGCUUUGUUUUUUUUAAAAAUUUUGACAAAUUGUAGCCACUGGAAAUCUUAUUUUUUGACCACUCAAAGCUUUAGCAAGGCUUUGUAUUUACUAAAUCAUUUUGGCUGAUUACAUUUUCCAGAUUGGACCUUAUAAGGUUUCACUGUGGAUCAUAUUAUUUGGCAACUUAAUCUAAUUUUGCUUUUUGAAUUUGUUAUGCCAUUACUUUAUAUUUUAUCUAUAUGAUCCAUACGUCACUUAAAUGUAUUUUGGCAACAAGUUAUCUUCAAUUAAUUAGUAAAGCAUGGUAAAUUAGUUAUCUCAUGCUUAUUCCCAGGACUCAGGUGUCAUUCUGGAAACAUCUCAGCAAUAACAGUCCCAUUGAUUGAUUCAACAAAAUAAGAAAUGCUGCAAUGAGAACAAGCUCUGAUGUAAAUAUCCAUGUUUUAGUAACAUAAAUCUUUUUCAGUUCAGUUUAGUUUAUUGUCACAUGUACCGAGGUACAGUGUAAAGCUUUUGUUGUGUGCUAUCCAGUCAGCAGAGAGAUAAUACAUGAUUUCAAUCUAGCCAUUUAACAUUUUUACAUGAUAAAGGAAUAACAUUUAGUACCAGAUGAAGCCAACAAAGUCAGAUCAAGAAUAGUCCGAGGGUCACCAAAGAGGUAGUUCAGUAGUUCAGCACUGCUCUCUGGUUGUGGUAGGAUGAUUCAGUGGCCUGAUAACAGCUGGGAAGAAAUUAUCCCUGAAUUUGGAGACGUGCGUUUUCACACUUCUAUACCUUUUGCCUGAUGGGGGAGGGGAGAGAAGAGAGUGGCCGAGUUGUGACUCGUCCUUGAUUAUGUUGCUGGCUUUACUGAGGCAGCGUGAAGUAUAAAUGGAGUCAAUAGAAGGGAGGUUGAUUUGUGUGAUGGUCUGUGCUGAGUCCAGAAUUCGCUGCAAUACCUUGCGGUCUUGGAUGGAGCUGUUCCAAACCAAGCUAUGAUGCAUCCUGGGGUAUGUGUACCACUUCGCUUCCUGAAGUCGAUCACUAUCUCCUUUGUCUUGCUGACAUUGAGAGAAGGUUGUUGCCUCGACACCAGGGCACAAGGUUCUUGGUCUCCUUCCUGUACUCCGUCUCAUCAUUAUUUGAUAUCCCGCCCACAUUGGCGUAGUCUGCAAAUUUGAAAAUUGAAUUAGAUAUGUACAUAGCUGCGCAUCCGUGGGUGUACAAGGAGUAAAGAACGGGGCUGGGAAGUAAACUUAAUACCACCAUUCAUUAUCAGAUAGCACCUUCAAUUAAGUGAAAACUUCUUAAAUACAGAAGUGAAAAUGGAAGAUGUAUUGAGCUAAACAACCCUAUAUGAGUGAGUGAUGUUUUAAAGAAGAUCCAAAAUGACGUGCAAAUUGAACAGUUUGGGAGUGGAUUGGAGGGCGAAUCUGAAAAUGGGAAGAAUUUGGACACCAUCAUCUGUUAAUCAGAGUGCGAAGGUGGAAGAGAAUUAAGGAAGGAUUGGUAAAUUUGGGAAACAAGAGGUGACAGAGGCAGGAAGCAGUGAGAUAAUAGAAGGAUAUGAAUACAAAAUAAAACAAUUUAAUUGGGAGACAUUGGUUAACUGGGUCAAUGUGGAUGAACAAGAAUACCAUAAUCAGUGAGCAAUAUUUAUUGCAAUAUCACCUGACAAUGUAGGGGUUGGCUGAACUCACUAUUCCUAUGUGGGAUGUCUAAUAUCCUUCAUUGGAUCAAGCAGUAAUACCAUUUAAUACUUCUUACAGAACGAAGAAUUUGAGCAAUGAAUCGAACGCAAACAUUGUGCUGGGCUUGGUAUAAUGGAUCUGAAUGGUUAAACAAGUCUACAGACAUCGUUUAUGAUAAUCAAAUGAUAGACAUAUUGGAAACCAUCCUUCUUCCUUCUUGCGUUGGCAUUAUUUGUUCAACAGGAUUGGUUGGAAAUAUUUUGAUCUUGUUUACUAUCAUCAGGUCUGUGAGGAGGACAAUUCCCGAUAUUUAUAUUUGUAACUUGGCAAUGGCAGAUUUGGUUCAUGUUCUUGGAAUGCCAUUCCUAAUCCAUCAGUGGGCACGAGGUGGAGAAUGGGUGCUUGGCAGUACUCUCUGUACUAUUACCACAUCACUGGACAGUUGCAACCAGUUUGCUUGUUGUGCAAUUAUGGCAGCUAUGAGCUUGGACAGGUACCUGGCUCUUGUUCAUCCAUUUCAUCUGACAAGUUUCAGAACCAGGUCAAAAACCAUUAAAAUCAAUCUAUGCCUUUGGGCUAUUUCACUUGUCUUGGUUCUGCCAGUCUGGAUGCAUGCAAAAGUCAUUACAUUUAAGGAUGGCUUGGAAAGCUGUGCUUUCGAUCUGACUUCACCCCGGGACAUACUUUGGUAUACAUUGUACCACACCAUAACUUCUUUCUUUGUUCCUUUACCGCUGAUACUGAUUUUCUACAUACUGAUUCUAUGUUACACAUGGGGCAUCCACCAGGAAAACAAGAAAAAUGGAAGAUAUGAUGUAACCAUCCCCAGCGCACGGCUCAAACGACUAACCAAAAUGGUCCUGGUUUUGGUGGGUGUUUUUGUGGUUAGUUCAACGCCGUACCAGGUGAUUCAACUGGUGAAUCUCAAUGUCACUCAGCCGACCACAACAUAUUUCAUUGUCUAUUAUAUCUCCAUCUGCCUCAGCUAUGCCAGCAGCAGCAUUAAUCCAUUUCUCUACAUGUUACUGAGUGGCAACUUCCGGAGGAGGCUGACUCACUGCGCAAAGAUUCAAAUGAAAGUAACUGAACGAAAAAUGAUUAACAUAGAAAGCACAGUAAAGUCAAGUGAUUAAGUAUACAUGUUAUUAACUUGAGUCAUUAAAUAUAUUCAAGGCUGGCACAAAUCAUGUUUGGCUUGUAAAUUAAUUGAGGAUUAUGGGGAUCAGACAGGAGGGGAAAAGUCCAAGCCAGGAUCAGAUCAGAUUGGGUUAUUUUAAUGGUGCAGGCUGCUGAAGCCAAAAGCUCAAUUCCUGCUCCUGUUUCUUAUGUUCUUACUGGGACAUAUUGUC